UCGUAUUCGUAUCCAGUUCAGUAGGAUGAGCCCGACCGACGUAUUCGCAGUUAUUAAGUGCAAGUUCCCUUCAGCUGGGGAAGAAAUUGCCACGGAGAAGUUCCUUGCUGCAGCCAAGGAAGUCCCUGACAUUAUCGGCGCGCUUGGGACCGUGUUGAUGCCCGUUAAGAUGGAUAUAGUAAACAACAUUCAGAAAUUGUCUGGAAAACUUUCGGAGGAGCCGGAGAAAUAUAAACUGCUGUUCGAUAUGGUCAGAGAGGAAGGAUUUGAUGCAUCCGCUCCUGGUACCAUUUCCUUGCUGUGGCUGAAAAGAGGGUUAGAAAUGUUCAGAGGUGCAUUGUGUACACUUCUUGAAGCUCAUAAGUCAAAGAAUCCUUCCAAUUCUCUCGUGGAACAAUUCAGAGGAGUUUAUUCCAAAUGUCUUUCACAAUAUCAUGGCUGGGCGCUACAAAAGUUGUUCUACAUUGGUUUGGCUGCAUUACCCUAUAGAACAUCGAUGGUUGAAUCGUUGCGAGAUGCCCAUCGGAAAGACGGGGAAGAGCCGGAAAGCGAUGAAACUUUUUACAAAAACCUCGAGGCCUUUAUCGAUAACUUGAGUGGCUGUUUGGAUCCGAUAAUUGCCUUCUUCGACGAUCACGGUCUCAAUUCAAGGGAUCGUGUUUGAAUCGUGUGAUUCCUGCUUGUGAUUCAACGGGAGGUUGUCUGUGAGACUCGGUCUCGACGAAAAUCGAGUAUCCGAAACAGCAAAAUGACAUUCAUCAUGGGGUUACUAAAUUUUUCGCACCUCGGUAAUUAUGUGUGAUUCAGUCCACGUUUGCCUGAAACUAGGGUGGGGAACAUUAUGGGAGUUAUUUGCUCGAAUCGGAUGCCGAAGUCUUCCUGCUGUGCCGGAAAUUACCGUACCUUUUUAUAUGGGAUAUAUGAGCAGUUGAAAAUGGACGACAAAAAAAUGAGGAUUAUUUUUCUUAUACUGCUAAUUCAAAACAACAACAACGAAAAACAGUGGCAAUCGUCCCAAACUGUAAUGAAUACACGGGACCUGAACUUCGCAAUUUCUAAUGAUGAAAACUUCUUUCUCGGGUAGUAUGAGGUUGUUGAAUUUUUGUUGCGUGUUCAAAAUUUGCAUGUGUUCUCACGCCGUAUUUAAUUUGCAGGUAGGACAGUUUCAGGUUAUCAAAUUAUUGGCAAGGAUUGUCGUAAUUUUUUCCUGUUCAGCGUUUUCUACAUUUUAAACCCACCUGAUUUUAUGCCAUGUGAGAUGGAAAAUGAGCAGUGAAGCUCGGUAACAAGUUUUCAAUCUUUUCAAAUGAUUUGAUCAUAUCUGUCCUGCUUUUGAUUAGAAUGCUGAGCUGCGCCUCGAAAUGCUGGUGAUAUAAAUGCUUCUAGAACUAUGCAUUUAUGGACCAUUGCGACGUAAUGACAUUUUUGGAAUUUAUAUUUCUCGAAUAUAGUGUACAUCUUAUCAUUCAUUGUGAAAGAAUAAAUUUAUUCGGUCAAUUUUGUAUUGAUGUGCUGUAUAUAAUUCAUCCCCUACUGGAUUUUGAAAGAGAUCCGCAGUAUUAAUGGAUUUUGGGGGAAUUUUUUCAAUUGAAACUAUGUCGCGGUGCAAAAAUCACGUGUUCGUUCUAUCCGUCUUGCGAAAAAGUCUGUAUUUCGAACAAUUGAGAAUCGUAACGUAAUGAAGAGUGGGUAUGAAUUUUAAGAAUGAAUUUUUAAGAAAAUUUGCCUCUUUCCUCGUCAUCACAACGGUAUGUAGGCGGGAGAUUCCUCAAAGAUGAAUUGCGGCAUCAAAGCGAAGGCGUCAAUCGUCAACGCAGGUUCAACCCCGAAAGUAGAAAUCAGGUUCACUGCUGACAAGAGGAACAGACUCGUGGCGUAGUAACUCAGAACCUUGGGCACCAAGUCGUCGGUUCGACCAGAGAAUCCCUGAUACGCAACCAACAGACAAAUGGCCGCCACGAAGCCCAUGACGGCGUUUCCUUCCCAACUCAUGUAAGCGAGGAAAGCGGCGUCGAUGGUGAGCACUGCUUGCGUGAGGCGGUAGAAGAGAUUGUAUUCUUGGAGCACGUAGAAGAUGAGUGGCACCAGGGCGCCGAUGAGCCAGAGGCGGUCGUCGUCGGGUUGCCACUUGAGGCCGAGGUGCCGGGAGAACUCCGCCAAAAUUGAGCCCAUCCCGAGAAGCGGCACCAUGAAUGAGACGAAGUUGUGCACUUUGUAUACUGUCUCCCCGCAUGGAAACAUGGCUGAAUGAGAGAUCGGCCGAGUAAAAUGUUUUUUGUUUCAAUUCUCAAGCAAUGCUUUUCUCGCGUUUUACAAAGUUGACACAUUUUUACCGAACUGUUGGGGACUUUGGGAAAUAUGUUAUUAUUUUCACGCGCGAAACUAAGAUGAGAGAAGGAAUGCGCUUCAAAAUCCGG